AUGAAGGGCCUGGCCUGUGCUCAUCCGGAUUGUGACUAUGCCGUGACCGACGACCGGCAGUUCGGCGGCUUCUGCUGCAAGCGCUGCCACGCGGCCUUCGUGCGCGGCGACCCUGCAACGCAUGGGGCCCAGUGCAGCAAGGCUUCGGCGAAGGGGCUGAAAAAGGCGGAGCCUUUGCCACCAGAGGCACCUCUGGCAGAGAGCACUAGCAAGAGAGCUUGGCAGCUGGCGCGGCAAAAUGGUCGUGAGGAUGCCGCGCAGAGGGCCACGAAGCAGAAGCAGGCCAUGCAAGAGGAGACCGAUGAACCGAUCGAGAGAUCCGAGGCCGAGGAGGUAACCCGAGACGAGUGGCGCACGCGGCGCACGCGCCCGAGAUCCCGACAGAGCAGCCGAGAUCCGGAGAAGCCGCCUCGCCGGCGGCGCGGCUCCGGAGGAUGGUGGGAGAGCAGCGAGCCGCACCAGGCACGCCAGGCGCCGAGGUCACGGCAGAAGGGGUGGAUGGAGGAGCAGGAGGAAGCGCUGGAAGGACGUCUGAGCGCCGAAAAAUUGCACAAGCUGGAGAAGCGGCAACUGGACACAACCAUGGAAGCUGGCGUGAGUGCAGGCCUUCUUCCGAAUCGAGUGUCCAUCUCCCGUGCAUGCGUGAAAUCGGCACGGUCUGCAGGUCGAAGUCGAGACUCCGACCGCUCCCGGACGCGCAGCCGGAGCGCGGACGACCUGCACGAUGCGCCCUGGAGGAAAGCAGCCCUGGAGGUGACCCAAGAGCAGAGAGAGAAGCACAUGGCGCGGCGGUGCAAGGCAAAGGCGAGGCAAGCGCAGAAGCUCCAAUCGGGGCACUUUACCGCUGCAGACCUGAAAUAUGGGGCUCAAUCAGGCAAUUGGCUGCUGGCACCCAAUGGGCAAUCUGACAUUUGCCGCCUAUGCCAUGCAGCACUGCGAAAGAGGAAGGUCCGCAUGUUCAUCGAGCUACUGUUCCAAUUCCAUGAAGGAUUCAAGUUUAGCGAGAGCGAAGAGACCCACACAUCAGGAAACUCCACUCAGAAUCUUGCAGAUGUCAACUUUAUUGAGACCCCAGCCGGUGAGACUUGCACUGCCAAGUUAAAGGACCUCAGCUCAGGAAAGCAUCCCUUGUUGCCGACACAGCCCUCGCUGGGCUAUGCCUGGGUUCAUCGCGAACAGGAGGCCCAUUUCUCAUCGAAGAAGUCCGCCAAGGAGGAGUUGAAGAACACCAAGUUCCCUGUGGUACUGGGCAACAACAACUUCUAUUUGACAGACAGACAUCACCACAUUGCCGCCAUGUACCUGUCCGACGACCAGGACAUCUUCGACCUGGACAUGGAUGUCACCGUGAUUUGUGAUUUGAGAACGCUAGGUUCAGAGGACUUUUGGCUGAGGAUGGAGCAGUUGAACUACGUUUUCCUGCAGACGCGUGAGUCGCCUUUUGUGCUUCCCAACGCCGCAUCAGUGACUUCGUUGCCGACCACUUGGACUCUGGAGAGUUUCCAAGACGACGUGUGGCGCAGCGUGGCCGGUUUUGCGGAUCACGUCUCGGAUGGCAAGAGCCGGUGCUACCUGAAGAAAUGCCAGGAGUACUUUGUGGAUUUCCAGUGGGGCUAUGCAAUCAACAAGGCCACUGAAGAGGAGCCAAGUCUUUGGCCUUCGGGCCAGCAGCAUGAGUCCUUUCGCCAGAAGCUUCACGCCUUGCCUCCAUCGAGAGGCUCUGUGGACCUCAAGUCCUGGGAGGAGCUCGGCCAAAUGGUCCUGCCGCUGUGCCACGGGUCUCUGCUACGCGACAUGCCUUUGCCGCCAGGCUAUUCAUCUUCCACGUUGCAAGGGUGGUCUGCGAUGCCUGUCCCUGACGACCCCAGUUGCGGCUAUGACACCUGCAGGACAGCUGAGAACGGCCUCGUGAUCAUUUAG